GUUACAUACAGCCAUAUUUCCGGUUGGGGCGGGACCGGAUGCCCCCCCUCUUAUCAGUUACAUACAGACAUCCGGUGGGGUGGGGGGACCGGAAAUAGCUGUCAAAAAUGAGUUUGAUGGAAUGUAUUGGAUACUUCUCUCUCUAAUGUCAAUUGCCCAUGGGGGGCAGAGUCCAUGUUUCCUCUCUGAACUCUUGUAUGAGUGUCUUCAAAAGGGUCCAGACAAUGUAAAGGUCAAAACUGAACACAUUACUGAUGAAGAAACAAGGUCACAGGUUCAGUUGAUCUUACAGGCUGAGACUGAUUCACAACUGCAAGAGGCAGUUGCACAGGCAGCCAGCUUGAUCAGUCUUGCUGGUCACAAUGUUCGCAUAACCCUGGAAAACAAACAAGAGACUGCUUUGGACUUGGCUCACUGGUAUGUCCUCCAGCGAACCCGUGCACCGUUUGAAAGGUUCAGAGAUGGGUUAACAUCUCUUGGUGUCCUUGAUGCUAUCCAGAGAUACCCUCUACAAAUAAAGUGCCUUUUUGUGAAGCCCGAAAAGGGUUUAACAGCUGCUGAUGUGGAGAAUCUCCUCCAGAUCAUACACUCUGAAAGAGGGAGUAAUGCAUUCCGAGAAGAGUGCCGGACCCUGGCUUUCUGGCAAGACUAUCUUCAGGAUGCUGAAAUUGAAAAUGAUGUCUCUCUGGAGGAUAUUCUUGUUUUCUUCACUGGAUGUGACAGCAUUCCAGCACUGGGUUUCUCUCCGAAGCCAAGCCUUGAGUUCAUCACCCACUCCCGAUUUCCAGUAGCCAAUACUUGCGAAAAUAUUCUUCGCAUACCAGUUUAUGCAGUAUACACGGAUUUUAAAUCUAACAUGGAUUUUGCCAUACGCAAUUCACCAGGAUUUGGAAGAGCGUGAGAGGUAAUAUUAUGAAGGGCUUGUGGAGCUUGAGAUAUGAUGAGGAUAUAUUUGUUUUGUUUUUUAGUGCAAGGUUUAUUUCCUUCUGUUAUUCCCCAAGACGAAAAAUGCACAGUAAAACAAGUAAGUUUUAUUUGAAGAUAUUUCAAGCCAUGUUUUUCUGUUUUAGAUUUAAUAAGGUGCACCAUGUAAACUUUUUUUCAGUUGAUAAAUGUGAGGCACUUUUUGUUGCAUUUUUGUCAGCCAGUCCUCUAACCUGAGAAACAAUAUCCUGUUUGUCUCCACCCUCUGAUACGGCCCAUAACAGUGUUAGAUUGAUAAGUGCCCAAAAUACCACAGAUAUGGAUACAAUGUCGGAAAUCCCUGUUGCAUUUGGGCUAUGACAAUGCCAGGGGCUUGGUUAAGUUUGGUCACAAAGCCAAUUUGAUUAUGGUUGUGAAAAGAUCAUGGUAAGGGUUAGUAUGAGAUCAUUACAUGAUAAUUGUCCGAAUGGUAAAAAUAAUAAGCACAGUUAUGGUUAAUAGUGCUCAGAUUUGGGGUUGAAGGCUAGAUGUAGCUAAACCACUGUACUUAACUGUGGGUUGUUUAAAAAACAAAAAAAAACAGGUUGCUCAAACAACCCAUUAGCAAAUUUUGUACAGGAGGAAGGCUCACUGUAGCUACUUGUUUUUAUCAGUGUUGGCCAGCCCCAUUGCUAUGGCUCAUUAUUCAUUAUAUAGGUUGUGGUAUGGCCUUCUAACAAAUAAAUUGUUCUGUGUUCCUACUUUGUGUGUACUAGCUUACUGUCCUUUUAGUAUGUAUUGUGGCGGUAUAUGUGCAUCCCAGGCUUUAAAUGUAAUAUUUUUUCAUUAGAUACUUAGAACUACACAAAAUUAGUUUAAGAAGUAAGAAAAAUAGGGUUCAUCGUCAUCAAUAGUGUUACAUUAAUACAUUAUGUAUAAUAAUACAUAAUGUUAUACACACAGCAUGAAUUUAUAUGGUGAUAACUUCUAUGGGUUUUCAUGAAAUAAAAAUGUAUUAUAAGCA